UGCAAGCAAGUUAUUUAUUCUUAUCAGAUGUUGUCUAUUGCUUCAAUGAAAACACCAUGACCAAAAAGCAAGUUAGGGAGGAAAGGGUUUAUUUGGCUUACACGUCUAUAUUGCUGUUCAUUACUGAAGGAAGUCAGGAUAGGAACUCAAGCAGGGCUGGAACCUGGAGGCAGAAGCUGAUGCACAGGCCAUGGAGGGGUGCUGCUUACUGGCUUGUGCAGCUUGCUUUCUUACAGACACCACCAAUAAGCCCAGGGGUGGUACUACCCACAAUGGGCUGGGUCCUCUCCCACCAAUCAUUGAGAAAAUGCCUUACAGUUGGAUCCUAUGGAGGCAUUUUCUCAAAGCUCCCUCCUUUCAGAUAACUCUAGUUUGUAUCAAAUUGACACACAAAACCAGCCAGUACAGAUGUGCUGAACUUUUCUAUCAGAAGGGUAGUCCCAUGCCAGGCAGGCACUGUAGACAGAGGGUCAGAAGGCCUUGAGAAGUAGGCGGUGCUUUUCCCAGGCCGGGGGAAGGCAGGGAGUUGUAAGUAAUCUGGAAAGAGCGUUGCCGAUGUGGUCCAGGAAGCUCAAACCCUAGAGGUUGUAACAAGCCCAAAGUCCUACACGCGCGCCCAGCAGCCCCUUUAAAGAAGCACGAACUGCGCGUGCGCCGGAACACACGUCACUACUCUAACUACAUAUAGCUCGCGGGCUUAGGCUGGACGCCGUGCUCCCUCAACAGAUUUUGAUUGGAUACCGCCUUUCCUAGUGCCUGGUGCAGUUGAUAAACAGCUCUAUUGUCCAUUCGUCGCCCGUUUUGCUCGCAGAGGGUGGAGCCCGGCGAUACGGCCAAUGGCAGGUGGUUUUGUUGGCGACCACGGCGGUGCAGCCCCGGAGCGAGCUUAGGACAGGCGCCACUGCCGCAGGAGGCGCGAGCUGUUGUAACAAUGUGCUUCCAUCCUGUGUCCAGGAGACUCAGUCUAGUGAGGGGACAAAGGCGUUCAGAUGGCAGAAAACAGUCUUUCAGAUGGAGGCCCUGCAGAUUCUGUGGAAGCUGCUAAAAAUGCCAGUAAUACAGAAAAACUCACAGACCAGGUGAUGCAGAACCCACAAGUGCUGGCAGCUUUGCAGGAACGUCUUGACAACGUCUCUCACACUCCUUCUAGUUACAUAGAAACUUUACCUAAAGCUGUCAAAAGAAGAAUUAAUGCCCUGAAGCAGCUCCAGGUGAGGUGUGCGCACAUAGAAGCUAAGUUCUACGAGGAAGUUCAUGACCUGGAGAGGAAGUAUGCAGCCUUGUACCAGCCUCUAUUUGACAAGAGAAGAGAAUUCAUCACUGGUGACGUGGAGCCCACAGAUGCAGAGUCAGCGUGGCACAGUGAGAAUGAGGAGGAGGACAAGUUGGCUGGAGAUAUGAAGAAUAAAGUAGUCAUAGCUGAGAAAGAAGCAGCAACAGUGGAAGAGCUGAACCCCAAAGGCAUCCCUGAGUUCUGGUUCACCAUCUUCAGAAAUGUGGACAUGCUUAGUGAGCUGGUGCAGGAAUAUGAUGAACCGAUCUUGAAACAUCUGCAGGAUAUUAAAGUGAAGUUUUCAGACCCUGGACAACCUAUGUCUUUUGUGCUAGAGUUUCACUUUGAACCCAACGACUACUUCACCAAUCCUGUCCUGACGAAAACGUACAAGAUGAAAUCAGAGCCAGACAAGGCCGACCCGUUUUCUUUUGAAGGUCCUGAAAUUGUGGACUGUGAUGGGUGUACAAUAGACUGGAAGAAAGGAAAAAAUGUCACAGUCAAAACCAUCAAGAAAAAGCAGAAGCACAAGGGCCGGGGCACCGUACGAACCAUCACCAAGCAAGUGCCCAAUGAGUCCUUCUUCAACUUCUUCAGCCCCCUGAAAGCCUCUGGAGAUGGAGAAUCUCUGGAUGAAGAUUCCGAGUUCACCUUAGCCUCUGACUUUGAAAUUGGGCACUUUUUUCGUGAGCGCAUCGUGCCACGGGCUGUCCUCUACUUCACUGGGGAGGCCAUAGAGGAUGAUGACAAUUUUGAAGAAGGCGAGGAAGGUGAAGAGGAGGAAUUGGAAGGUGAUGAAGAAGGAGAAGAUGAGGAUGAUGCUGAUGUUAACCCCAAGGUGUAAUUUUUGUGUUAAUCAUUCAUGCGUUUCUAGAAAGAACCCAGCCAGCCAGCGGAGUGCAAGCAGCAGUGAGAAGCAGUGACCCUGUGGGGCCGCCUUGUGGAUGGCUGUCAGGACCGCAGGCCGCAGGCAGGGGCCUCAGUCCCUGCCAAAGCAGAAUUUUGUUGACAGUGCUGUGACAUCUAACCAUUUCCAAGUGCAUGAUUCCUCUCCCCUUUCCCUUCUUACUUUGCUAAACUUGUACAGUGGAGACUGCUGCAGUUCAGAAUAGGAGAUUAGUUGUAGCACCUGCAGCUUUGGUGCCUGAAGAUCACUUGGGGUGGACCGAGGUUGUGCCUGGGAUUGACAGAGCCUGUGAUUGUGUGCACCCGGCCCUCCCUACUGGCAAGGCCCCAUGAUUUCCAGCUGCUGAACUGCGUGGGAAGCUGCUCCAGCUGCUGUGCCCUAGUCAUCGCCCAAGCACUGUAGAGGAAGCUGUGCUCGCCUUAGAGCAUUUUUUUUCUUGCGUUUUGGUUUUAGGGGUGGGUGGGUUGUGGCACACACCUCUGAGGCCAGAGCCAUCGGGUUCACCCUCGUACUUAUUUAUUUACUUGUGCUUGGGGAGCUUUGGACUUCACUGUCCUCCCACUUACGAGACCAUGUUGCUGACUUGAUCAGGAGGAUGUGACACCAAGUGGAGGGAGGCUCAUGGAGGAAGCCCUGCUGCUUCCUGCCACCAACUGCUGUGCUGUGCUGUGCUGUGCCAUGCAGACUACAUGUUAUUGCCGCUGGAAGUUGGCAGGCUGUAGCCAGGGGACAGAAGUUCUCCUUCACUAGGGAUCUCUGGCCUGUGGAGUACAGCUUCAGCUUGUACUGUGCACACCAGGGCCACACCUGGGUUUGGUGACCAGUUGGUGGUUGGUGUGUGUGGGGGGAGGGGUGUUUCUGAGAGUAUGGUGGUGUCUCUGGUAGCCAGGACAGCCAUGUCCACAGUGACCAGCCAUGUAGAGUGUGCUCAGCCUUACCCAAUAACACAUUUGUAACUGAAUACGGUGUUUUCAAUUUGUACAGAAUAGUUAGGAUAUUCUAUUAAAGUUGUGAAACACAAACUGA